AUGUCAAAUGGAUCAGAAGAAAGAAGUGAGCAUGCACAGGAGUUGCAUGGAUCACCAUCAACACCUUUGAUGACACCACAAGAACAAGCAAUUGAUGAGUUUUGGAGGAGAAGACAAGAGGACAUUGAGAACUUAAUGAACUUCAACUGUCACAAUUUACCCAUGGCCAAUAUUGAAGAAAUCAUUAGAGCCAAUCUUGGUACUGUCAUGACAUCAUCGGAUACUCCACCAUUUGUGACCAAGCUAUGUGAGCUAUUUAUCCAAGAACUGGCAAUCCGUGCUUGGAUGUGUGCCUCAUCCCAUGGCCGCUUCACCAUACUUGAAUCAGAUAUCACAGAGGCCAUUAAUUCUACCAAGCCUUAUAUUUUCCUCAAUGGUGUUCUCCAAAGGCAUGAGACAAAUCAUGAUCAGGAAUCCACAUCCAGCAAAACGUCCCAACUACUACAGGAAACACAAUUUCUUGCAGCAAGCUAUGAAAGUACCAAAACUGCCACACCAACCACAGUGACUCCUCUAGUGGACCAUGGAAAAGUUGUCGAUGGUGAUCAUCAAAAUAUUGUUGUGCCGAAAUGCCCUGAGAAUUAUGAUUGUACAAGUGGUAGCAACAUCCAUUCUACUAAGGAUAUGGUGGUUUCUAAGUCUACAUUGCACAAAUUAGUCGAAGAAGACUCAGUUUCCUGA